AUGGGAUCCAUCCAUAGCGGGACCGUCACUUCCACCGAGCCCCAGGCUGAGGAUGACUCAGUGCUCCGCGGUUUGCUCGAAAAGUACGUCGCCGAGGAGAAGAAUCGGAAGUUCUCCCCGGCCAAAGUCAGCGCCUUCGUCAGGGAACAGCGCAAGCAACUGGCCCUCCCGCCAAAGAAGCGAGACUGGGCUCGGGCGCGGCAGCUUUACCUGGCCAUGUUCGACAUCGACGAGGCCAAGCUCGAGACCAUCGAGGGCGCCCGCUUCUCGGGCGGCUGGACGGGCUCGGGCAGCCUGUACGCGCUGACGGCGCAGCCCAUGUCGCUUGCGUCGUCGCUGCCGACCAUGUACAUGGCGAGCGUGCCGCAGGACGAGCUGAACCGCCGCCUGGUCUACUACGCCCGCAUCGUGCUGGUGGCUCAGGUCCUCAUCGUCAUCGCCACCCCGCUGGUCACCAUGGCGCUGCAACAGUUCUGGUCGGCCCCCGCAGACCGGUUCAGUAAGUGGGACCGGACGCUGCAGUUGAACCUCGAAUCGACGCGGCUGGUGAAGCCAAGCGGCAAGCCGGGUGCGGCAGCGGAAACGCAGGCGGAGCAAGCAGAAGAGGCAGGUGUAUGGACCAGCGACCAGCUGGAUCUCGCAGAUCUGAGGGCUCAAUGGAAGGGCCCAAUCGGGGUCCAUCUCGCGCUACACCAAGAAUGCCUAGAGACGGAGCUCCGGGUGUGCCAACAGCGCAUGGCAGAACAUCGACAGCGCACGGCAAAGAAGGACCAGCAGCAAGGCCGACCGCGCAAGCCGGCGGCCACCGCGGCUCGAAAGGGCCGGUGGCUUGCGCUCGAGGUGCGCAUCUCGGAGCUCGAGGCCGACCUUGCCCAUCUCCGGGCAGACCGGUGGAUGGACAUGUCGGCGCACGGCCGGGCCCGGCUGCUGGACGCGAUCCAGGGCCAGAAGCCAUGGACGCUGUCGUUACGGACGGCCUGGGCGCGUCUGCGGCAGCCGCCCGAGCUCAUCGCGCAGGUGGCGCAGCGCAUCGGCUCGCAGUUUGCCAUGUUCGUGGCCGGCAGCAACAUGCAGCUCAUCGUGUCCAACGUGAUCCGCUUCGCCAACGCGCAGCGUACCGAGCAGGGCCUGCCGCCGGCCGUGUCCCGCAACGAGCUCUACGCGAUCAACGUCUGCAUCGCCCUGCUGAGCGUGGCCAUGGCCUUCGCUUCCGGCGCUGCCAUCUCGUUCAAGAUCCGGCAGCGGGCCGACCUGCGGAAGAAGAUCGACCGGGCGGGAUUCCGGUGGGAGCAAGUGCCGCGGGCCCUGUGGGCCAUCCUGAAGGCCAUGUUCGCCGUCCCGAGGGCGAUUGUGGACAGGGCCAGGGUCGAGAGGGCGGCAGCGAGGGCCUCGACUCUCGCCGGGGAGCUGGCCCUGCGCAUAGCCACGCUUAAGGGAGCGGUGGAGGAGUGGCAAGGCGAAGCGGACGGUGCAGCCAAGCCUGUCCAAACGUGA